GUCCCGCGGGGCCAGCUCUGAGCCGGCGCGGAUCGGGGCGGUCUGCCCGCCGUCCCGGGGCGCCCACACCAACUUCUGCUCUCGAACUGCGCUCUGUCCCUUCCUUUGGCCCAGGGCGACCUCGGCAGCCCUGACAGCAGCCGACCCUCCCAGUGCCCAGAAGGCGCCCGGGGGCCCUGCGCCUCCCCGCUCUUUCUGGAUGGAGGCGCCUCCGGGAGGAGCUGGCCCAGGGCUCUGGCCUUGACCUUCCAGCCCCCGCCGACCACACCUCCUGCCCUGCAGGUGCUGCGGCUGCGCUGAGAAGCAGGAAAUGCUGAACCAGCCGGCUCCCUGGAAUCUUGGUCUGACCACCAGGAUGGAGCUGGGGCCGGCGACUGACACCUUCGUGCUGGACCUUCGGUGUCUUAAAGAUGGGGGCCCAGCGCCUGACACCCUCUCAGGUGGCAGCGGUGGGAGUGAGAGUCAGGAGGAGGAAGAGGCUCAGGAGCGAAGCAGCAGCCCGCCACGGCCAGCAGUCUCAGCCCCAAAGGGGGCCAGUGAGAUUGCUGAGGAGGCCCAGCCAGGACAGCCAGAGUUGCAACUGCGAUGGUCAAAGCAGCAGCCAGAGCUGCAACUACAGCCCCAGCAAGAACAGCGGCUACAGCAGCAGCCACAAAACCAGCCAUCAGGACAUCUGUCAGAAGUGCAGCAGCAGCAGCAGGAUGGACAAGAACAGCUGCCCCAACAACAUCAGGAACUCCAGGAAAAACGCCAACCCCAGCAACAUCAGCGGCUGAAUCCACAGCUGCCACCAAUACAAGUGCAGGAGCAGCAAGUGCAGGAGCAGCAGCAUGGACAGCCCCAGCAGCAGCAGCCCCAGCAGGAACAGCCUGAGCAGCUGCCUCCACAACAGCAGGAACUACAAGAACUCCAGCCUGUGCAACAUGAGCAACUGACGCCACAACUGCAGCUGAUGCAACAGCAGAGAGAGUUACAAGUGCAGCAAGUACAAGAGCAACAGCCCCUGCAGCAGCAGCAAGAACAGUUACAACCACAACAGUUACUACAACAGCAGCAGCAGUUGCAACAGCAGGAACUGUUAGAACAGCAGAAACAGUUACAGCAGCAGGAGCAACAGGAGCAGCAGAAGCAAGAACAAUCACAGCAGCAGGAAAGGUUACAGCAGCAGCAACAGUUACAACAGCAGCAACAGUUACAACAGUUACAGCAGCAGCAGCAGCUGUUGCAGCAGCAGCAACAGUUACAACAGCAGCAGCAACAGUUACAACAGCAGCAGCUGUUGCAGCAGCAACAAGAACAGUUACAACAGCAGCUGUUGCAGCAGCAACAAGAACAGUUACAGCAGCAGCUGUUGCAGCAACAGCAACAACAGUUACAACAGCAGCUGUUGCAGCAACACCAGUUACAGCAGCAGCUGUUGCAGCAGCAGCAAGACCAGUUGCAACAGCAGACGCUGCAGACCCGCCCACUGGAGCCAGAGGAGGAGGAAGAGGUGGAGCUGGAGCUCCUGCCAGUGGACCUGGCGUCGGAGCAGGAACUAGAGCAGCAGCGGCAGCAGGAGCUGGAGAGACAACAGGAACAGCGGCAGCUGCGGCUCAAACUGCAGGAGCAGCUGCAGCAGCUGGAGCAGCAACUGGAGCAGCAGCAGCAGCUGGAGCAGCAGCAGGAGGUGCAGUUGGAGCUGACCCCGGUGGAGCUGGGGACCCAGCAGCAGGAGGUGCAGCUGGAGCUGACCCCUGUACAACCGGAGCUGCAGCUGGAGCUGGUGCCCGCUGCAGGGGCAGGUGGGGCUUCGGCACCAGGGGCUCCAGCUGCGGUCAUGGUGGCCCCCCCAGGCUACGUGGUGCUGCAGGAGCUCAUGGUGCUGCCGGCCACGGCCCCGCCACCAGCAGCGGUGGUGCCCAUCUCAGGCCCCGCGGGCAGCGCAGCCCUGACGCCAGCCCGGCAGCGGCGACGGCGGCGCACCCGGGACCGGCCAACCAUCUGCGGGGAGUGCGGCAAGGGCUUCAGCCGCAGCACUGACCUGGUGCGGCACCAGGCCACGCACACUGGCGAGCGGCCGCACCGCUGCGGCGAGUGCGGCAAGGGCUUCUCGCAGCACUCGAACCUGGUGACGCACCAGCGCAUCCACACGGGCGAGAAGCCCUACGCCUGCUCCUACUGCGCCAAGCGCUUCAGCGAGAGCUCCGCGCUCGUGCAGCACCAGCGCACGCACACGGGCGAGCGGCCCUACGCCUGCGGGGACUGCGGCAAGCGCUUCAGCGUCUCGUCCAACCUGCUGCGCCACCGGCGCACGCACUCGGGCGAGCGGCCCUACGCCUGUAUCGGUUUCACGUUCGUCGCACUGAUUGCAGGCUUUAGAGUCAUUUCUUCAAUAAACGUUGGAGCGCUCACUCUGUGUCUGGUGUGGGGGCAUUUGGAGGCCAAGCUGAGGCUUCCUCCAGAGAAGAUGGCAGCCCUGCACCCGGCGCCCGGCUCCCUGGCUGCCCCACUGCAGCGGGCGGAGGACCAGCCCGAGUGUGACCCCGACCAGGAGCAGGGAGAAGAGCAGGGGGAAGAGGAGGAGGCCGAGGAGGGCCGGCUGGGGCCGGAGGAGCAGCUGGAGGCCACUGGACCACAGGCAGAGGUGGAGCUGCAGGACCAGGACCCGGACGAGGAGCUGGCCGAGGAGCGGAGUCCAGCGUCGGGGACCCCGGAGCACCUUGGCCGUGGGGGUGCUGCCCAGUCCCCAGUCCUGCAGGAAAAGGCCCCGCAGGCCUCCCGGGCUCCAGCCGUGCUUGGGGAGGAUGACCUGGAGGAUCUGGAGGACCUGGAGGACCUGGACGACCUGGACGACCUGGCAGCUGGGUCUCAAGGGCUGGUGACCUUUGAGGAUGUGGCUGUAUACUUCUCCCUGGAGGAGUGGGAAGGGCUGGCUGCCGAGCAGCGGGACCUCUAUAAGGAAGUCAUGCAGGAGAACUAUGGGAUCCUGGUGUCCCUGGGAUACCCCAUCCCCAAGCCGGAUCUGAUCUCCCGGCUGGAACAAGGAGAGGAACCUUGGGUCCCAGACAGCCCCCGUCCUGAGGAGGGAGACAUUGUCACUGGUGUCUAUACAGGUGCUUGGUUCUGGACCGAGGACAUAGAGGACCACGAGGAAGACGAGGACUUCCUGGCGGAGGUGGCGGAGGAGGAGAAUGAGCCCCCGGGGUUGUGGUCGGCGGCCUAUGGUGUGGGGGAUGUGCCAGGGACGUGGGGCCCCGACGACGACGACGACUCCGACUCUGCGCGGACUCCGGAGGGCUGGGGGCUCGACCCGGGCGGCCUCGGGGCCCUGGCGGACGGGCCGGAGGCGAAGCCCUUCCUGCCGGGCCAGGCGCCGGGCGUGGACCUGCUGGCGCCCUGGGCCUUCCCGGACGAAGCGUCCGCCCAGGCGGGGCGGCCCGAGACCACGUGCGACGUGUGCGGCAAGGUGUUCCCGCACCGGUCCCGCCUGGCCAAGCACCAGCGCUACCACGCGGCCGUCAAGCCCUUCGGCUGCGACGAGUGCGGCAAGGGCUUCGUCUACCGCUCGCACCUGGCCAUCCACCAGCGCACGCACACGGGCGAGAAGCCCUUCCCGUGCCCGGACUGCGGCAAGCGCUUCGUCUACAAGUCCCACCUGGUCACGCACCGGCGCAUCCACACCGGCGAGCGGCCCUACCGCUGCGCCUUCUGCGGCGCCGGCUUCGGGCGCCGCUCCUACCUGGUCACGCACCAGCGCACGCACACGGGCGAGCGGCCCUACCCCUGCCCGCACUGCGGCCGCAGCUUCAGCCAGAGCUCGAUGGGCCAGGUGCUAGUCCUGCGGGUCGUUCAGCCUCCGCCUUCCCUCCGAGUCCUCUGGCCCUCACCUCUGGCCCUGGAGGUGGCACACUCAGAGAUCCGUGGGGGCCCCGGCCCCAGCCUUCAACCCCCUGGACUGCCGUCUCUCCUGGAGCAAGCGGGCACCUGA